UUGCAAAACGAAUAUACGCUGCUCAGUAAAGCCCUCAGGUCGCAUUUACCAUCAAGACGCUUUGACUGAGUUUGCGCACAGAAAUCAUGGGAGGACACGACGCUGGAACUCACCACCAGUUCACUGGCAUCGCCAAGUACUUCAAUUCAUACACAAUCACAGGCAGGAGAAAUUGUGUGUUGGCCACAUACGCCAGUAUUGCUGCCAUUAUACUCUUCUUUAAAUUAAAGCCCAAGAAGCAAAAGGCCGUGAAAUCAAGUUAAUUUAUAGAUGUUUUGUGGUGAAACUAGGGGUGCGGGAAGCUGGAUGUCCUUGUUUUGACCUCAUCACUUCAGUUCAACUAUGUAAAGAAUAAAAAAAAAGAUCACUUACACCAAACAAACGUUGUGUAGAAAAUUUUAUUUACAAUUUUAGGAACUAGUAUUAAAAUUUGUACAGAAACUGUGAACCGUGUUCAUAUGCGACACAUUUCAAAGAUCAAUGACAAUCAAUGAUCAAUGGGGGGGGAAUGCUUCAAAUUUCCCGUUUGAAAUGGGAAGCAUGGCAGUGAUGCUAUCGAUGAGAAAAAGAAAUAAGCUUCUCGUGAGCAUGAGGUGUAAAAUCUGAUCUAGAGUCAGCAUAUGAAUGCUGCAAGAGGUAUCGCUGGCUGCUGUAUGCUCAGUGCUUUAUGGUUCAUUAUGAUGUCUUUCACUUCGCUUGAACCUAUUUCACAUAUUAGGGUGAGCAGUAAUCUUUCAAUAACAUGCACCAUUCAC